GCUCUUCCCUCCUCAACCAAUUGUUGACGUGUUUUUUUUUUUCUCUCUUUUAGUCAUUCCCAUCUGUUUUACUCUGUCUUUCACAAGCAUACACACACACACGCAUAUACCACGUACAAACUUAGCAUGUGUUUAACAAGCUUGCGGUUAGCUGGAAGACUUUGUUUGUUUCAGUUCGCUUACCAUAUAUUUUUUAUACAAACAUCUAUCAUCUCAUUUCUCAUACUUGUUGCUUCACUUUUUCUACGAAAGAUAUGCUGACCGCUGGCAAUGUGGAAACCAAACUGAACGACUCCCACGAUAAUAACACAACAUCUUGUUCUGUCUUGCUUGUCCUAAAGAAUGCGUUCCAUUCUUGUGUACCGUUUUCGAAAUUAAAGUUAUUAGUAGAGAAAAAUGGGUCGAAAAACACUUCUCCGCCAGAGAUAGCGACUGUUUACGCGAAUUUUGAACUUUUUAAAUCUGGUCUGACUACAACUAUUAAUGACGGCGGUGAUAGCUGCAAUGGUGCUACUUGCGGUUAUAAUAAUGGUUAUGAUGAUUAUUAUAGUGAAGCCGUCCCACAUCCACAUGUAUCCAUCGGAAAAGUUAAAGAAAGUAGGAUACGGUUAUUAAACAUUGAAGCCGGGAUUGAAAACGUUCCGACGAAAAUCGAUGAGAGUUCUUCUAGUGUUAUUAAAUAUCGCACGCCAAACUUCAGAGCUAGUGCUACAGUCCAAAUGGCUCCAAGUAUGCGUUCAGAGUCAUGGAAAAUUGGAUGGAUCCAGGCUUGUACCAAAAUGAUAUUUCGGAAUACCUACAGUAAUGAAGGAUUUACAAGUUGGGAAUUCCAAGAACUAACCAGCAAUAAACAGCCAAUGAUUAGUGACUGCGAUGGUUGUUAUUAUCCAUGGUAUGGUGCUCGAGAUGAAACGGUUGUUUUUCAUUGCCCUUCAUUAAAAACACAGGAAACUACACUAGUAAUGAAUGACAAUUUCCAUCCACAUGUAACGUGGCGAAACCCAGCCAAUGAAAACCAAAUAGAACCAAAUCUCACCAAUAUCAUUCGCAACCAAAGUUUCUAUGUUUGGUUGCUUGCAUGGAACAUGACCACAGGAAAAUCUUACAUCCUGAUGAACAUAUACUGGACUAUGAACUUAGAAAUUGUUGUUGACCCACACAAGAAGCUUGGCGAACGUGCCAAGUUAGUCAGCCCUCAAUUCCCAGAACAGCCUAUUAUCCUCAAAGAGAAAAUACCAAUACCUCGUUGUGCUCUUUCCCCACCGAAUGCAAACAGUGCCCAGAGACUGGUGUGGAACCCAAAACGGGGUCGGCCUGUUGUGAUUAUCCCCCCUGUAUGGAACAGUAAAAAAUCGGCAGAGAGUCAGAUACAAAAACAUGACAGUAAAUUAUGAUGAACUGCUGAUUAUAUAUUUACAUACAUACAUAACUUACAUUCAUACAUGCAUGCAUAUAUAUGUAUAUAUAUAUUUCUAUAUAUAUAUAUAUAUAAUACACAUAUACAUAAAAACAUAUGUAUAUAUAGAGAGAGAGACAUAUACAUACA